GCACACGGCCUCGCAUAGGUUACCACUAGUAGGCCACGACCAACCGCUCCCGUCGCCCGAUCCAUCAUCUGAUUGCCGCCGCCGCUUGCCGCCCAUCGGUCCAGCUCACACUGACCGCUACGUCUCCUACCUCUCCUAGCUAAUUGCCUAGCUACUGGUAGAGCUAGCUAGCUGGUGAUCACCACGCGCGCCCGCCCGCAGCUCGUUUUAAGCCGGCCGGGUCGGACACGGCAUGCGCUGCUCUGCCCGCACGGCAAACGAUGGCUCCAGCUUCCGCCUCGCUCCUGCCCGCCGCCGGCGCCAAGCGCCCUUUCGCCGCCCCCGACGCUGCUGAGCAAGAGCAGCCACUCGCGCAGGAGAGCGCGGUGACCAAGAAGAACGGCGAGAGCCAGCAGCAGCAGAAGCUGGAGUGCCCGCGGUGCAGCUCCACCGACACCAAGUUCUGCUACUACAACAACUACAGCACGGCGCAGCCGCGCCACUACUGCCGCACCUGCCGCCGCUACUGGACGCAAGGCGGCACGCUGCGCAAGGUCCCCGUCGGUGGCGCCUGCCGCCGCGGCUCCGGCAGCAGCAGCAAGCGCCGCAGGUCCUCCGCCGAGCCCCACACGCCCUCCUCCGACUCGACGCCACCGCCGCAGCCAGACCUGCCGGACACGCUCCCCCAGCUCCCUGUCUUCCCGUUCCUCACCGACGGCGGCCCCGUCUUCCUGCCGCAGUUCGACCUCGGGCUCGGCGGGUUCCCGUGGACGGCAUCGUCAGUCACAGACAACCUUUACGACAGUCUCGCGCCGUGGGCUGCCUGCGACGGCGCGCUCGCCCCCACCGGCGCAUGGGAGGACUUCGGUGGCCUCGAGCUCACCUGGCCACCGCCACCACCCCCGGCGGCCGGCAACUGAUGAUCGGCGUCGUCGUGACAGUCGCCGGCGCGUUCGAGGCUCCUGUUUUAUCAUCGCAGCCUCGAUCGAUCAGCUAGUUGUUGCUUACCUUCACCAGUUUGCAGUGUGUCUGUCUCCUCUGCUAGGAAUUAAUGUACUCAUGCAGCUCCAUGGAUCUUCA